AUGUCGAAAACUCGAUCCAAGACGUCGGUACUACGAGGCCUGCUGGCAACAUUUUCGGGCAUCUACAGCUUCAUGGAAAGGUACAACGAGGAUAGGGAUUCCGGUGAGCUGGCGGUGCGACUGGAAAAACUCGACCCACUGUGGGAAAAGGUCGAAGAAGCGUUUACAGAAGUGGAGGAUGCGGAUGGUGAGGCUGGAGGAGAGGAAAAUCGGUAUGUAAAAGAUCGCCUUGAUUUUCAAAAUAAAUUCUUCGAGUUGAAGGCAUUCCUAACUUCGAGAAUUCGGAUGUGCUCUGAAAUAAGUGCUGCCCUACCGACCCAUGAGUCCACCAUUAUUACCUCCUCGCAUCCACAUGUUAAGUUGCCACUAAUAAGUCUGCCUAAAUUCUCGGGAAAUGUGGAAGAUUGGUUGGCCUUUCGGGACUUAUUCUUGUCGCUAAUUCAUCAUUCGCCUGACUUGCCAAUGAUUGAAAAAUUUCAUUACUUGCGAAGCCAAUUAGAAGGAGAAGCAUUAUCAGUAAUUUCGUCGUUAGCUUUGACACAAUCGAAUUAUAUGAUCGCAUGGGACUUGCUUGUAGCACGGUAUUCCAACAACAAGGUUUUGAAAAAACGGCAGGUUCAGAACAUCUUUGACCUUCCUGUCUUGAGGAAGGAAUCGGCCACGGAUCUCUACAAGCUGGUUGAGGGUUUCGAUAAGGCGACGAAGGUUUUGGAUCAAGUCAUUCAAGCAUCGGACUACAAGGAUCUUCUCUUGAUUCACGUUUUGAGUUCUCGGUUGGAUGAUAAAACACGUCGGAGUUGGGAGGAGCAUUCGUCCACAAUGGAAGAGGAAACUUUGAAAGAUUUUGUUGAGUUCUUGCGUCGUCGAAUCCAUAUUCUAGAUUCUCUACCCACAAAAACUAUUGAGCCAACCCAAUCACUUAAUCGGAAAUCCAAUCAUAUCAAGGUCGCUAGUCACGGUGCGGUUCAAUUACCAUCGGAAUCCUGGAAAUGUAUCUGCUGUUCAGAGUCUCAUCCUUUACACACGUGUCCCGUUUUUGGAAGGUUGCCAGUGGAGGAAAGGGAAAAGCGUUUGCGUCUUCAAUCGCUUUGCCGGAACUGUUUUCGUAGGGGACACAGGGCUCAAGAGUGUACAUCUAAAUUUUCCUGUCGGCGGUGCAAGGGGCGCCACCACACAUUAGUAUGCUUUAAAACGGAAGAGGGCCGAAAUUCACAACGGGUAAAAUCUGGUGGUCCUAGGAUUGGUCAAGCAGUUAACGAUGGUGCAUCUACUAGCGGAGGAAAUGAAGCGCAGAAGGUUGCUUCCAAUGUGGUCAGAACAGCUCAAAAAAUUCUCUUGGCCACAGCGAUUGUUUGGGUGCAGGACGAUUCUGGUCGCAGGGUUCCUGCGAGAGCGCUGUUGGACUCUGGAUCAGAAUGCAACAUCAUUUCCACGUCACUAUCCCAGAGGUUACGAAUCCAACGUGGAAGGGUGCAGGUGCAAAUCAGCGGAGUAGGACAGGUUCCUACAAAUACAAAGGAGAGGAUGCGAGCUUCAAUCCAAUCACUUCAAUCUGAUUACUCGCAAACGAUGGAGUUUUACGUUCUGCCCAAGGUAACGGAGGAUCUUCCCACGUCGAACAUUUCUAUUUCUACUUGGCGCUUACCAGAAGAAAUCAAAUUGGCUGAUCCGGACUUUUUCAAAUCCAAUCCUAUCGAUCUUCUUCUUGGUGGCGAGUACUUUUUCUGCUUUUUCCCAACAAAGCAACGGAUUCAACUGGGUGAAGGACUUCCAAUGUUGGUUCACUCAGUUUUCGGAUGGCUGGUUACUGGUCGAUGUGGUGUAAGCAGUGGAGAGGCUCCUAUUCUAUGCCAACAUUCAUCAAUCUCACAAUCCUUGGAAAAAUUGAUGAGCAAAUUUUGGGAAAUCGAAGAAGGUCGGUCUUCGUCCAAAUACUCCGUGGAGGAAACACGAUGUGAGGAAAAUUUUAUUCAGACGGUAAAAAGAGCAGACGAUGGUCGGUACAUAGUUGGUUUGCCGAAAUCCCCCGAAGCUGUGGCACGUCUCGGAGAAUCGAAAUCUGCAGCUUUACGAAGGUGGCUACAGUUGGAACGUCGUCUAGAUCAGAAUGAAUCGCUGAGGAGCGAAUACAAUGACUUCAUGUCUGAGUAUCUAAGUCAUGGUCAUAUGAGAAAGGUUAUGGAACCCAACGAUAACAUUCUCCACUUCUAUCUUCCCCACCAUCCGGUAAUCAAAGCUUCUAGCACCACAACACGUGUUCGGGUUGUGUUCGAUGCCUCGGCAAAAUCAACAAACGGAAUUUCCCUCAACGAUGCACUUUUAAAUGGGCCAGUUAUCCAAGAUGAUUUGCGGACGUUGAUUAUUCGGAGCAGGUUUUUUCCCAUAAUUCUGAUCGCUGAUGUCGAAAAGAUGUUUCGGCAGGUUUGGAUUGAUGCUGCCGACUUGCCACUACAGCGAAUUUUGUGGCGUUUUUCCCCAACUGACCCCAUCGACACAUUUGAACUUUUGACCGUUACUUACGGCACAAAGCCAGCUCCUUUUCUUGCGACACGUUGUCUGAAACAGCUGAGUUUAGAUGAGGCAUCAAAAUAUCCUUUGGCAGCAAAAAGACUAGAAAAAGACGUCUACAUGGACGACGUAAUCACGGGAGCUAUGGAUGUAGAUGAAGCAAAGGUGCUUCGGAAACAGCUCGACGAUCUCACUCAAAGUGGCGGAUUCCGUCUGCGGAAAUGGGUGUCCAAUAUUCCAGCGGCCCUGGAAGGUAUUAGCGAGGACAAUUUGGCCAUUCCGUUUGGUGACGGGAUUGAUUUUGAAGCUGAGAAAACAGUCAAAACCCUAGGAUUGAACUCUCAUUGGAACCACGUACCUGGAUUACUCAACCCGGCAGAUCAGCUUUCGAGAGGUUUGGAUCCGGAAUUGGUGAUACACGACGAAGCAUGGUGGAAUGGACCACCGUGGCUAGCCCAGGAGAAGGAAUUUUGGCCAAGACAAUCCGAUUCACACCCCGAAGCUGAAAAUACUGAUUUAGAACGCAAGCGCAUUUCAAAUCCCAAUGUUAUUUCCCCUAAUUCAAAAAACGAAUUUAGUGAUUGGUAUUUUUCUCAGUUCACCGAUUAUACGAAAUUGAUUCGAGCCACAGCAUACUUUCGACGUUUUUUGAAGUACCUACGAGCCAUAGAAAAGAAGAAAAUAAAUUCGAUACCUCUUUGCGUCCAAGAACUCCACGAUGCAGAAUACCGACUGGUUUGUAUGGUACAAAAAGAUUAUUUCCCCAAAGAAUAUGCCGCUUUACAAAAAGGUAAUCCUGUGCAUCGAUCAUCCAAACUUCGUUGGUACGUUCCGAGACUCGACGAGGAUGGAAUUAUUCGCAUUGGUGGCCGACUGCAAAAUUCCGAACAGCCCGAAGAUGCGAAACACCCGAUGGUCAUCCCAGGAAAACACCCGUUUGCAGAGCUACUAGCUGAUUGUUAUCAUCGCCGUCUACUACAUGCUGGUUGUCAACUGCUGUUGAGCACGAUUCGACUGAAAUUUUGGCCGCUAGGAGGAAGGAAUUUGUGUCGAAAGGUUAUCCACAAAUGUUUGAUUUGUUUCCGAGCAAAACCCAACUUACAACAGCAAUUUAUGUCCCAAUUACCGAAAACAAGAAUUACCAUUUCAAAACCAUUCACAAACACCUGCGUCGAUUAUUUUGGGCCAGUUUAUAUUCGGCAAGGCUUUCGCAAAGGUCCCAUAAAGGCGUACGUGGCCGUCUUUGUUUGUUUCGCCACAAAGGCAGUCCAUUUGGAACUAGUUUCCGACCUAUCCUCCCCGAGAUUCAUACAAGCACUUCGUCGUUUCAUUGCGAGGAGGGGUAAGUGUUGCAACAUCUACUCCGACAAUGGGGCGAAUUUCGUCGGUGCACGAAAUGUGAUGAGGGAUCUUAUAAAGAAGCUGAAAUCCCGAAUCCACCACGAUGAAAUUCAAAAUGAAUGCAGCCAAAACGGUAUCAACUGGCACUUCAUCCCCCCUGGUUCUCCCCACUUUGGUGGACUUUGGGAAGCCGCUGUCCGAUCUGCUAAGAAACACCUCCUCCGUGUGUUAGGUACCUCCUCCGCUUCCCAAGAAGACUACAUCACUCUCCUCGCCCAAGUUGAAGCCUGCCUUAAUUCGCGCCCACUGACCCAGCUCACCGAUGAUCCCACUGACCUAGAACCGCUCACCCCUGGCCACUUCCUUAUCGGAUCCUCGAUGCAAGCACUCCCCGACGAAGAAUUGAGCAGCGUUCCUGAGAAUCGGCUAAACCAACUUCAGCUCAAGCAGCAGCAACUCGACCGUUUCUGGCGACGGUGGAGCACCGAAUACCUGACACAGCUUCAAGCUCGUGUCAAAAAUUGGCAGCCUCCUAUUGAUAUCCAGCCCGGCAGACUCGUCAUCAUGAUCGACGAAAACCAACCCUCGAUGAACUGGAAAAUGGCCCGUAUCCAUCAACUACACCCUGGCGACGACGGUGUGACGAGAGUCGUUACAUUAAAGACGGCUAAAGGCUACACCAAGCGAGCCAUCAACAAGAUUUGCCUUCUUCCCAUCACCACGGAUCCUGCAGACGAGCAGAAGGUUUCUGAAAUGUAG